AUGAGGCUGUUCCUGCUCCUGUCAUCGCUCUUCUACGCUGCUACAAAGCCUCCCCUGAUGAACUGCCAGCAGCACGGCCACACGUGUCCAUUGGGGCAGUUUCCCUGUGGCAACCUCUCAGUCUGCCUGCCCCAGGCCCUGCACUGCAACGGGGAGGAGGACUGCGACAACGGAGCUGACGAGGAGAACUGUGUGGAUGACAGUGGCUGGCUGCAGAUCUUGGGCAAGAUGCUGGCUGCCAGGAGCGGUAGGAUGACGCUGGAAGACGAGGGCGAUGCCUGCUGGCUGGAGCUCGUCCCAGAGCGAUGCCGGUGCUGGGGAAGGACUGUGGACUGCACUGAGCAGGGCCUCACCACAGUGCCCUGGGUCUCCUCCAACGUCACCAGGCUGGACCUGAAGAAAAACAAAAUCCAUUCUCUGCUGGACAAUCAGUUUUCCAGGUACAGGAGCCUGAGGAAGCUGUUUCUGCAAAACAACAGGAUCCAUCUGGUCUCACCCAAAGCCUUUGCUGGACUUUCUCAGCUUAAAAUGUUGUUCCUGAGCCACAACAGGAUCAGGCAGCUGCAGCCUGGGGUGUUUGAGGACCUGCAUCGCCUGGAGUGGCUGAUGCUGGACAAUAACAGAAUUGUCCAGAUUGUCCCUUCCACGUUUGCAGGGCUGAAGUCGGUGUAUUUCCUGUACCUGCUGAACAACUCUGUGUCUCAGAUACCCAACGGCUCCCUGUGCCUGGAGAUGCCGAAGCUCAGCUGGCUGGAGCUGGAAGGGAACAGGAUUGAGGUGCUGCACAGUGCUGGCUUCCAGGAGUGCCGCGACUUCACGGUGCUGAUCCUGCGCAGCAACAAGCUCAGGUGGAUCCAAGAUGGGACGUUUUCCAGGCUGCACAGGCUGGUGGAGCUCGACCUGUCAUCCAACAGACUGGAGCACCUCCCUUCCUCUCUCUUUAACGGCCUGGCUGAGCUGCAGCAGCUGAACAUUUCAUACAACCCCUUGCAAGAGCUCCAACCCGGCCAGUUUGAGAGCCUGCCCCAGCUCCAGUCGCUGAGCUUGGAGGGGCUGGAGAUCCCCAACAUCCACAACCUGACCUUCCAGAAGCUGACCAACCUCUCCCACAUCUACUUCAAGAGGUUCCAGUACUGCAGCCACGUGCCCCAUGUGCGCAGCUGCAAGCCCAACACCGACGGCAUCUCCUCCCUCGAGCACCUCCUGGCCAACGUCGUCCUGCGCAUCUGCGUCUGGGUGAUCGCCUGCCUCACCUGCUUCGGCAACCUCCUGGUCGUGUGCAUGCGCUCGCUGCUGGGCACAGAGAACAGCCAGCACGCCAUGGCCAUCCAGGCCCUCUGCUGUGCAGACGGCCUGAUGGGCAUCUACCUCUUCAUCAUCGGUGCCUUCGACCUCAAGUACUCGGGCGAGUACAAGCAGCACGCGCAGGGCUGGAUGGGCAGCGUGCCGUGCCAGCUGGCAGGCAGCCUGGCCCUGCUCUCCUCAGAGGUGUCAGUGCUGCUGCUCACCUACAUCACCCUGGAGAAAUACUUCUCCAUCGUGUUCCCGUUCAGGCACCGCGGCAGCAGCCGCAAGCAGACUGUGGCGGUCCUGGUAGCCAUCUGGCUCCUGGGCUUCUCCCUCAGCAUCAUCCCCCUGUGCUGGAAGGAGGCCUUUGGGAACUACUACGGGAGGAACGGGGUGUGCUUCCCGCUGCAGUCCGACCUGGGCGAGCGGCCCGGUGCCCGGGGCUACUCUGCCACCAUCUACCUGGGCUUGAACCUCGCAGCCUUCAUCACCAUCGUUUUCGCCUACUCGGGUAUGUUCUACUCCAUCCGUGUGAGCGCGUCCCGCACGGCCGCCAGCGGCGUCUGCUCCUGCCACGUCGCCAUCGCCAAGCGCUUCUUCUUCAUCGUCUUCACCGAUGCUCUCUGCUGGAUACCCAUCUUCCUCCUCAAGCUGCUCUCUCUGCUGCAGGUGGAAAUCCCAGGCACCGUCACCUCUUGGGUGGUCAUCUUUAUCCUGCCCAUCAACAGCGCCCUGAACCCCAUCCUCUACACCAUCACCACUGCCUCCUUCCAGGAGAAGCUGAAGGGCUGCUUGCGGGGGCAGCAGCCGGAGCAGCGCGAGUCCGGACGGAGCUUCACGCUGGUGACGCUGCACAGCGAAAGCGCCUGA